AUGGAAAAAAUCGCCUUGCUAUCCACUUGUCUUUUUAUUUUAACAGUCCUGGGAAAUGCUGGAAGGACAGCUAUUACUUGCCAUUGUACGCACUGUGACAACAGCACCUGCAGUACUAAGGGGGCAUGCAUGGUGAUUGCUACUCGAUUUUUGGAUGGAGUGAUUAAGCACUAUAAAGCAUGCAGUCCUGACCAUCCACCUUUUCUAUGUCCUAUGGAAGGUUAUACAGUUAGUCCAGAUGAGAAUGUAUACUGCUGUAUGACAAAUAUGUGCAACUCUGUAGCAAUAACUCUGCCAACAAUAACACCUUCUACAGGUUACACACAGGAAGACUCUGAUGACCAGAGGGGCAGUAAGCUGAGCACAGUGGGGGUGGCAGCAGCAAUUGCUGGCCCGAUGUGUGCGAUUUGUGCUCUAAUCAUGCUGUUCAUUUGCUGGCACCAAAGAAGACAAGUGAAGAAACAGGGAGAGUUUCAUGGAGCAGAAGCAGCACUUCAGCCAGUGGAAGAUGAAGCUUUGAUUCCCCCUGGACAAACCUUGAAGGAGUUAAUGGAUAUGUCCACAGGAAGUGGAUCUGGAUUACCUUUAUUAGUUCAACGUACCAUUGCAAGACAAAUUCAUUUGGUGGGACUCAUUGGUAAAGGUCGUUUUGGGGAGGUCUACAGAGGGGUGUGGAGAGGACAGAGUGUUGCAGUUAAAAUCUUUUCAUCUAGGGAUGAAUGCUCAUGGUUUCGUGAAGCAGAGAUCUAUCAGACGACUAUGUUACGACAUGAAAACCUUUUAGGCUUUGUAGCUGCUGACAACAAAGAUAAUGGUGCCUGGACACAGCUUUGGCUGGUUACAGAUUAUUUAGAAAGGGGCUCAUUGUAUGACUAUCUUCAACUUGUUACCCUGAAUGUUGAAUCCAUGCUGAAGUUAGCAGUGUCAAUAGCCAGUGGACUUGCUCAUCUCCACAUUGAGAUUGUAGGCACCCAAGGAAAGCCAGCUAUUGCACAUCGUGACUUAAAAAGUAAAAACAUUCUGGUUAAAAGAAAUGGGACAUGUUGCAUAGGUGAUUUGGGUCUUGCUGUUCGUCAUAGUUCCAUUACUGACACAGUUGAUGUUCCUCCUGGGAACAGAGUUGGUACAAAGCGCUACAUGCCACCUGAAUUUCUAGAUGACAAUAUACAGGUGCGGCACUUUGAUGCAUACAAGCGAGGUGAUAUGUAUGCAUUUGGUCUAGUGUUAUGGGAAAUUGCAAGGACGUGUGUUUGUGGUGGAUUGUGUGAUGAAUAUCAGCUGCCCUACUAUGACAGAGUUCCCUGUGAUCCCAGCAUUGAAGAUAUGAGAAAGGUGGUCUGUGUGGAGAGGUAUCGCCCUGCCUUUCCAAAUAGAUGGAUACAAGAUCAGACACUACAGUCUAUGUCCAAGUUGAUGAAAGAAUGUUGGUAUGCCAAUAGUGCUGCAAGACUUACAGCUCUCCGUGUUAAGAAGACUCUUACAACACUGUGUCAGUUACAUGAUGUUGAUAUUAUGGUUUAGAGGGAUCCAUCAAGAAAACUCAUGUAAAACAAGUGCAAGAUGAGUGUAUCACCAGGACUUAUAUAACAGGAGGAACCUCCUGAUAAUCCUUGCAGGCAAUCUGUAGGUCCUGUAAUGUGAUACAGUACAUGUCUACCAUCACGCUAUUGGCAUGGCUCUCGUAAGGUUUGCAGUUCAAACAGCAAUGCUGUCUUUUAUUUUUUGAUAAAGCCAUGAAGAAUAAACAUGACAGAGAAAAUUUGUGACUUCCUAGUUAACAAGGAGCAUUCUCAUUUUUUUUUUUUUGCCUGCAUAAUUUUUGUAUUUAUAUCCACAGCAACUGUCACUGACUCAAAGUCAGCAUCUUCAGCAACAAAGAACCCAACUUCGUUUUAUGAAAGCACGUACAUUCAAAUGAGCAAGUUAAAUUGAAAACCUAAAAGGACAUAUCCAUGUGCAACAACUGUAGAACUAUGUAUGAGCAGUGUCCACUAUUCUCCUCCUUAGUUUAUUUUAGAUGUUUCGAAUGAGAAUACAGAAAAGAGCUUCAUCCUUUUGACAUUGAAAGCAUUUCAUACUCAAGUAUUGAAGGGUAUGAUUCUUUGUUGUGAGGAACGACACUCGCCAAGUAAUCCUCAAAAUAUUUAAGAGCAUACAUGGAUUUUACCAAAAGAUAUGGGUUGGUCAUAUCUACAUUAAGAAUUUGUGACAAUAGUAAGGUAGUUGCAGUGCUGUAGCUAGCUCUUAGAUGAAGCGUGUUUAUUGCAUUCAAAUUGAAAUGUUAUUGUUUAAGGUGAAUCUCAAAUUAAAAGACAUUGUAUUUUUAGACAACUUUUUAUCUUCGAAAACCCAGUGGUGUAAGGUAAUUACAUUAUUUUAUGUUCAUAACAAAUACAUUUUAACUGUAUUCCACCAAACAAUGUGAAAGGGGCAGUUUAAGAAUUAAUGAAAUCUUUCUUGAUACCCGUUCUUUAGAACGCUUUAUAGUAUCUUCUUUAUAGUUGUAAAUAAACCGAAUACUUUGCGUGUGAGGGGCAUUGAAGAAACUGAAGGGUUUUGUUUGACUCUGUUCUAACAGAUUCAAACAUAAUGUAAUUACUCGGAACUUCAUUAAACUGGUGGCCUCUUUAA